GUAAUUUACAGCACAUGCUAUAUACAAGAAAAAUUAAUUUAUUUGCCUCAACUUUGUUGCACUUCAUUUACAUUUAAAAUCAAUUUCAAAAUGUGGCAAAAAGUGACUCCACUGACACUUGUAAUAAUAUUGCUCUUAUUUUAUAUUUUGUGCGAUGAAGGAUUCGCCAAAAAGUCAAAAAAUAAAAACAAAGGGAAAAAGAAACCCCAGGAGGAUAUUAAAGGAAUAAAGCAAGAAUUUUCGACAAAAUUUCAAAAUCUCAACAAACAAUUGUUGAAAUUUGAAAAAGAGGUGAAUAAAGAAUUAAGUCUGAUGAAAGAAGAAAGAACACUUCUGGAAAAUCAAAACAAGCAGUUGGAAGAAGAUGUGACAAAUAUACAAAUUCAAUAUGGAAAAUUGAUGAUCGAAAAUAAAAGAUUCACGGAAGAACUCCUGGAACUUGGCGAAGAAAAUGAAAAUCGUAAAAAUGAAAUCGAUGAACUAAAGAAACAGGUUGUUUACAUGACAAAUGAACUCAUAUAUCAGAAAGAAGAUUAUCAAACGUUUUUGACUGACUUUGAAACAUUCAAAGAAAACACAACGACUUAUUUGGUGGAUGAGAUCAGAUUGAUGGACUACUUGAUAACAUGUACAUGUGGGGAUGAACCAAUGACAUUAAUUUACCCGAUUUCUACCACUACUGAAGCAAGUCAAUCUAAUCCAUAAGUUGUAUGCACAUUCAUCUGUACAACUUUUACGUAGGAUUCCACGAUCGUACUUAGGGAGGAAAUUAUGACGGCUUUUUCUGGAUAUACCAAUCAUAAUUCUUUCUUUUUAUUUAACAUUUCAAGAUUUUUUGAAACUUUAUUUGCGGUGCAUUGAAUUAAUGAAGUCAAAUUUGGGCACUAGGAGUCAAUUAGAGGUGCCAGGCAAACGAUUCUAAUGCAAGAUGGACCUUUGCAAUUCAUACUCACACAUUUGUGAAGACAUUCCUGGACAUACAACUCUUUACAACACCAACAGUACAUUUAAAUCAGUAACCCAACACUUACCGCAAAUCAUCUUUGAAAGGGUCAAUGUUGGAAGUGCUUGUUCUCAGGGCCAACUCAAGCAGACUUUCAAGACGUGUAGGCAUGAUUUCUUCCAUUGGUUUCUUCAUCUCAUUCUCUGCCAUAUCCAUGAACUGAACCAUGAAGUCACCCUGGUCCAUCAGGAAGUAACGCUUCACAGACCUGACAAAUGGAAUAAACAUUGAGCACUGUUUAUUCACAAUUAAAGGAACAAUAUGCGUAAAUGAAGUCUCACUUUUGAUCUUCAUAGUAUUCCCAAUGGAUUAAUAAGUAUCUGAUCUUUCAUUUGACACCAAAAACAGCUCAAACAGACCACAUCAGAGUUGACACUAGAUCAAGAAAAAAAAAUAUUUUCGAUCUAUCAAUUUAUAUAUAGUUUUUAGCAAUUAAAUGGCAUUGUUCUUUGCAUAAAUUAUCCACUCAUUUUUGAUAGGAUUUUCAAUCAUACGCCAUCUUUUAAUCCAAGAGCUAUUUAAAAACAUACACUUUGUGAAAAGUGCUAAUUCACUUCUUUUGAUCUCUGAACUUCAAAUGCUGUUUUCUAUGCGAAUGGUUUUUUU